AUGGCGGUGGCGGCGCGUGUCCUGUUGGCGGUAACGGUCCUGUGUGGGCUGGGCGUCGGCCGCGGGUGGGGACUUAACCGUAGCUUCCAAACCCUCGCCGGCCGCAUCAUAGGGGGAAGAAAUGCCUCCAUCCUGGAGUUCCCCUACCAGGUGUCGCUGCAACGCAAGUAUAUCCUCGGCAACGGCGGCAGCCACUUUUGUGGUGGCUCCAUCAUCGACGCCCGUCACAUGCUCACCGCUGGUCACUGCCUCUACCCGUACCGGCAAACUCUGAGCCGAGUGAUAGUGUCAGCUGGCAUGACCAACGUCAUGGACUUCGACGAUCCGAACCUCCAGACCCAGGCAGCGGAGGCGGCAUUCAUCCACGACGGCUUCGACAACGAUAAGCUCACCUACGACAUCGGAAUCCUCAGGGUGGCGGGGAGCUUCAGCCUGGACGGGACGUAUGUGGCGCCAAUCGCCUUGCAGAAUGACACGCCUCCUGCGGGCAGCAUCUGCACUAUCACCGGGUGGGGGUACGUCGAACAGGACGAGUAUCAUGUGUUGCCCGCAAUCCUACAAGCCGUAGAUCUGCCGCUCAUUCUGACGAAGGAGUGCGCUGAAAUGUACGUCGAUUACGAUAACCCAGACAACGAAGUACGAGAGGACAACAUCUGCGCUGGACUAGAGGAAGGAGGGAAGGACUCCUGCAACGGAGACAGCGGAGGGCCGAUGGCUUGUGGCGGUAUACUGACGGGUCUGGUGUCCUGGGGUCACGACAUAUGUGGCAUCCCCGGCUACCCUGGGGUCUACACCAGUGUCCCCUACUACGCUGACUGGAUCGCCGACACGCUCGCUGCCAGCUACGCCGAAUUAUCUCUCAAGAGGCUGCAACCGUAG